GCCACCUCGAUUUGAAACCACAGGUACUGUCUAUAAAAAAGCCUCCGGUUGUGAUUGCUUCCUCGGCGCACCUUGGCUCAGUGCUCACCAGGAUGCGUCUGUACGAUUCGCCCCUAUGCCUCGCGCUCCUCGCGCUCCUUCCCGGUCUCGUCUUCGGACAGCUGUCGGGUAGCGUGGGCCCACUGACCAGCCGCUCAGCCAAAGCGGGCAAGAAGACAUGCAACGUCCUCGACUACGACGCCAAAGCGGACAACUCGACUGACCUUGGCCCGCCCCUGCUCGCCGCCUUCAACGCGUGCAAGGCCGGCGGUGUCGUGGUCGUCCCCUCGGGCAACUACGCACUGGCGACCUGGCAGACGCUCAGCGGCGGUAACGCCUGGGCGCUGCAGCUCGACGGGAUGAUCUACCGCACGGGCACCGCCGGCGGGAACAUGAUCUUCAUCGAGCACUCGACUGACUUCGAGCUGUUCAGCAGCACGUCCAAGGGCGGCGUGCAGGGCAAUGGGUACACCUUCCACGCGCAGGGCUCCAUCACCGGCCCACGCAUCCUGCGGCUGUACGCGGUGACCUCGUUUUCCGUGCACGACAUCGUCCUCGUCGACGCGCCCGCAUUUCAUUUCGUGAUGGACACGUGCACGAACGGCGAGGUGUACAAUAUGGCCAUACGCGGGGGCGACCAUGGAGGCCUGGAUGGGGUCGACGUGUGGGGCACGAAUAUAUGGAUUCAUGAUGUGGAGGUGACGAACAAGGACGAAUGCGUGACGGUGAAGAGUCCUGCCAGCCAUAUACUUGUCGAAGAUAUCUACUGUAAUUGGAGCGGCGGGUGUGCCAUUGGGUCGCUCGGCACGGGCACGAAUAUAUCCAACGUACAGUACAGGAAUGUCUACACUUGGUCGUCCAACCAGAUGAUGAUGAUCAAGUCCAACGGCGGCAGUGGGACAGUCCAAUCGGUCACCUUCGAGAAUUUCAUCGGUCACGGGAAUGCAUACUCCCUGAACAUUGACCAGUACUGGUCCAGCGAGUCCACGCAGGAUGGCAACGGCGUGCAGCUCUCCGACAUCACCUUCUCAAAUUGGAAGGGCACGGAAGCAUCGGGCAGCGCGCGCGGCCCGAUUCGCGUCAUCUGCGCCGACGGGGCUCCCUGCACUUCCAUCUCCAUCUCUAACUUCGCCAUGUGGACCGAGUCCGGCUCCUCGCAAUGGUACGCUUGCCGCAGUGCCUACGGGUCCGGCUACUGUCUCCGCUCCGGCUCGUCGCACACGAGCUAUGCGGCGUCCACGACGACGGUGAGCUCCGCGCCGAGCGGGUACAGCGCGCCCACGAUGGCAGCGGACUUGAAGACCGCCUUUGGGUUCACGACGAGUAUUCCCAUCCCGACGAUUCCGACGAGCUUCUAUCCCGGGGCGACGCCGGUUAGUAAGUUGCUGGGGAGUUAAAGGGUAAGUGGCGAGCGCGGUAAGGGUAUGGGAUGGGAGGAGGGAGGGGGACGGGUUAGGUGGUGUGUUGUGUCGGGCCGUGUUUGUACCAUGUUAUGGGCGGAGGAUUUGACCACUGGCUUUCGUGGUUUCAAUAUUGGCACGUCGACGAGUACGUAAGCAAUACAGGCUGAAGUUACUGAGUAUAUCAUAGGUGCACAGGAGGCCUGGGUGACGG